AUGACGUGCGGGGCAGAAUGUCUAUCUAUCGGCCCGCCGCCGGACUCCAUCCUGCACAUGCCACCACCACCGCUGCCAGCGUUCCUAGCGAGCGCUGCCAACCUGACGCCCCCCUGUCGUGCAUCCAAAUGCCCCCCGCUACAGAACAGCGAGGAUAACGCACUGUUCCCGGGUGUGGAAUACCACGAGCUACCCCGACACGAGCCCGCCGGCAACGACGACACCUGGUUCCUGGUGCUGAUCACCUGUUGUAUCGCUGUCCUGUGCAUCGCGGCGCUGCUGGCACUGUUCCUCCUCAAAUGUCGAGAAACGAGAGGUGGCUGUAAGAGUGGCACUGGUAAAACUAGUGGCUCCAACGCACUUUACGGAGGCGCAGCUCUGGAUUCCCGAGUUUUAUGGGCCGCCCUCACUCCAAGAGGGACAAGGCACUUCGUCGCAGACACCUACCCUCAUGACGAAACCGAAGACCACCACUACGAAUGCGUAGAGCCCCCGCUAUACAAGCUCGGACCACCAGAAGAUCUCACCAUCACACGUCAUUUCAACGUAGAAUAUGAAGACCCAGCGCCUCUUAUAGAAAGCUACAGUGAAAGAACCGAGGAAUACUUUAGAAAUGGAAUCGACACUUUACGACGUGGAAGACCCCUCGUCUCCUCCCCGACUCGCAUAGAGCGCCCUAAUCUUCCACCUCUAAACCUUCAACCCAGAACCCUGCGAAGGGCACCACAUUCCCGCCGGGUGAGCGAUGCAAACAAUCCAGAGAAAUCGGCCAUCUGAACCGAGACUGGCGCGGUAUUCUCCGUCGCCGAUUCAGCCGAUAUCGAUUACGAUUGGCGAUCGAUGGAAAACUCGAAUGUCGAUCGUCUCGUUUGAGGACCACUAGCGAAAUCGUGAUGAAUCCUGUCGACGAACUACAACAAAUAAAGAAACCUGAAUGAAC